CCCAAUAUAAACCCCCACUAAAUUAUUCGGCACAUAACCCUUCCCACUGCCCACUUUCGAGACUUGUUGGGAAUUUCUUACACAUCUUUCCUGGAGUCGUCCUUCACACAUCAAGGUUUUAAUUCACACAGCAACUGAUUCAACUGAGGGUCUUGGCAAAAUGACAAACUGCAUGGCUUUGUCCUUCUUUGUGGCAGCCCUGACGGCAUGGAUGGUCACGGCGGAUGCCAAGGAGUUAUCCAUCACCACUAUAAAGCAAGACCCGUACAUCAUGAGCGUAGGCUCAGAGCUGGAGGGCUACUGCAUCGACCUGAUCUCUGAGCUCUCCAAGAAGCUGGGCUUCAAGUACAAACUGCACCUGGUGAAGGACAACCGCUACGGGUCCAUGGACUCCAGUAGCACCUGGAACGGCCUGAUUGGUGAAAUCAUCAGAGGGGAGGCUGACCUGGCAGUGGCUCCGCUGACCCUCACCGCGACCAGAGAGCAGUUUGUGGACAUGACCACCCCCUUCAUGCAAACAGGACUCGGCUUCAUCACGCGCAAAGACAUGGCCUCUGAAGAGAGCUGCUUCAGCCUGCUGUCACCCUUCUCCACCCACAUGUGGGUUGGCAUCCUCAUUGCAUUCCUGUUAACAGGUGUCUGCAUCUUCCUGGUGGGCAGGAUCAGUCCCACUGAAUGGGCUGUGCCAGAGACAGAGGGGCACAGCUUCACAUUGCUGCACAGCUUCUGGUACAUCACUGGAGCUCUCACCCUGCAAGGUGCUGGUCCUCACCCUAAAGCCCUUUCUGGACGUCUAGUUAGCGCCAUCUGGUGGCUAUUUGCUGUACUGCUUCUGGCCAGCUACUUUGGCAACUUUAACUCCAAGCUGCACUCCAACAACAAACACUUCUCCAUCCAGAGUUUUGAAGACCUUGCAAACCAGAAUGUGAUCGAUUAUGGCACAGUCAAGGAUGGAUCCACCAUGAAUUUCUUUAAGAAUUCCAACAAUCCCAUUUACCGCCGUAUCUACCAGCACAUGGAGCGUAAGAAGAGCUACGUGUCCAACAUGGAGGAGGGGGUUCACCGUGCCCAGGAGGGAAACUUUGCCUUCAUCGGUGAAGCUGUGUCCUUGGACUUGGCAGUGGCUCACUACUGUAACGUUUACCAUUCACAGGAAGUCAUCGCGAUGAGAGGUUACAGCAUCGCUGCACCUAUAGGUUCCCCGCUGAUCAAAAACCUAACCACGGCAAUCCUCCAGCUCAGUGAGUCUGGUGAGCUGAAGUACCUGCGGGACAAGUGGUGGGCUACCAGCUGCAUUGACACUGACGGGGCCCACGCCUCCGAGGCCCUGCAGCCCCAUGACCUGCAGGGGCUCUUCCUCUUCCUGGGCCUGGGACUGGGUGUCGGGCUCCUGCUGGCCCUGCUGGAACUCGUAUCCAGUGCCCACAACCAAGCUAAGGAUGGCAAGAAAUCCUGCUGCUCGGUGUUGACAUCAGAGCUAAACCGACGAUUUGGCAGCAAGGGGGCGAGUACAGAGCAAGACGACUCCGACAAAAGCAAAGCCUAGAGGAAAAUUGUACAUGCUAGCUUUUGUAAAGAUGGUGUCAGAGAUUAGAAAAAGCUGAAAGCCAUUGUCCUGUUCCAUCAAACACACAAGCUUUCUUGUUUCCGUAGUAUCAGCGGUGUGUAGUGUGUUCGGUCAGUGUGUUUCGUACUUUCUUAGAAAAGCUUGGUGACCACAUGGGACACACCAACUUGCAGCUACAGUUUAUUUAGCAACAAAACAAGGUUUAUAGUUUCAAACUGCAAAUACUAAUCACAUUUAUUUUACUGAAUGUUGUUGCAUGUUAUCAGAUCCACAUUCCACCCCCCCUACUAACGUGUGCAUUUCUUGUUGAACUAGAAUAGUUUUAUAACCGUUCCAAAUAAAUCCUUAAAUAUCCCAAAUGCUCUCUUUUGUUUCAAAGUAUACAAUACAACUUUAUUGUUCACGGUGGAAGUUUGUUUUCAUAGCAGGCCAACACAUUAUUAAGACAUGUAACAUUAGAUAACAUC